AAACGCGCUCUCGAUUGCGCGCUCCCGCGCCCGUUGCGGGAGGAGCUGACGGCGGUGAGAUCAUGUGAGAGUCCACGCUUGGAGAAAGUAGGUUAGCAGGGUAGACGGAAAGGAAAGCAGGCGGAGAGUCAGAGCGCAGAAAGGGGGGGUCCAAACAACGCUCCUUCAUCGUGCGGAUCAAAUCUGUCAAAUCAAACCACAAAACAACAAAGUUGAGGAGAAGCUGCUGCUCGGUGCGCGACGGACGUCUACCAUGAGAUCCGAAGCGAUUUCCUGCACUCUUUUCUUUUACUCGAACUUGAUCGAGCGAUAAAUAAGAGGAGUUUAUUUAUUUCUCUCUUUUUUUUGCCACUUUCUGUUUUCCUUUUUUUUUUAAAGGAAAGAAAAAAAAGGUUUUUGGGGUCGUGCUUAUUAAAGCUGAUCGCAGUUGGGAAUAAGUUCAUAUUUAUACAGCCAGUUUAGUCUGGCUCCGGCGUUUUAUUCGCCUCUCGUCUGUUUUCCAACACUAAAUUCAUGUAGCCGAGUCUUCACCGCCCUGCCCAGAAAUAAAGAACGCAUCGAAAAUGAGAGCUCAAAUCGAGGUCAUCCCUUGUAAGAUCUGUGGGGACAAGUCCUCAGGAAUCCACUAUGGAGUCAUUACCUGUGAGGGCUGCAAGGGAUUCUUCCGUCGCAGCCAGCAGAACAACGCCAUGUACUCUUGCUCCCGCCAGAGGAACUGUCUGAUUGACCGAACGAACCGCAAUCGUUGCCAGCACUGCCGUCUUCAGAAGUGUCUGGCUCUGGGCAUGAGCCGAGAUGCUGUGAAGUUUGGCCGCAUGUCAAAGAAGCAGCGUGACAGCCUCUACGCCGAGGUCCAGAAGCAUCAGAAGUCUCAAGAGUGCGCGGGCUCAAACGGCCCCGCAGCUCUGUCUCUACCCAGAGAGGACGGCGGCUGCGGCAGCGGGGCGGACGACGGCGAGGAGGGCCUGAGCCGCUCCUACAGCAGCGGGGGGUCCACGUCGACCCUCAGCGACCUGGACGACAUCGCCGCGCUGCCCGACCUUUUCGACCUCCCGCUGACGCCCGAGGAGGCCAGCGAGUACUGCAGCCUGGAGCUGCUGGGAGGCGGAGGAGGCAGCACCGGGAACACGUCUAACUCCUCGUCCUCGUCUUCCGCCUCCUCGUCCAAUCAGAACUCCCCGCAGCAGACCAUAAUGGACACGGCAGACAGCUGCGGGAGCCAGCUCCUGCUCACGCACUCGCUUCUGGGACGCAGGCGGUCACUUUUGGACCAGCUGCCCGAUGACUGCUCAGUAACAGACCUCGAGCAUAUCACUCAGAGUAUCGUAAAGUCUCACUUGGAAACAUGCCAGUACAGCGCAGAGGACAUGAAGAGAUUCACCUGGGUACAUUACACACCCGAAGAAACCAGAGUUUUCCAAAGCAAGUCGGCCGAGUGGAUGUGGCAGCAGUGUGCACAUCACAUCACCAAUGCCAUCCAGUACGUGGUGGAGUUUGCCAAGCGCAUAGCUGGCUUCAUGGACCUGUGCCAGAAUGAUCAGAUUAUUUUGCUGAAAGCAGGCUGUCUGGAGGUCCUACUCAUACGCAUGUGUCGCGCCUUUAACAGCAACAACAACACCAUCUUCUUCAAUGGAAAAUUUGCCUCGGCUCAGUUCUUCAAAGCUCUGGGGUGUGAUGAUCUGGUGAGCGCCGUUUUUGAGCUGGGAAAAGGUCUCAGCCGUCUGCAGCUCUCGGAUGAGGAAAUAGCCCUUUUUAGCGCUGCUGUUCUUCUGUCACCCGAUCGACCCUGGCUGACAGAAGGUCAGAAGGUUCAGAAGCUCCAAGAGAAAGUCUACCUGGCUCUGCAGCACAGUCUGCAGAAGAGCGGUGCUUCUGAGGAGAAACUGGACAAGAUGCUGUCUAAGCUGCCCACAAUGAAGUCCAUCUGUAAUCUCCACGUCGAUAAACUGGAGUUUUUCCGCUUGGUUCACCCAGAGACUGCCUACAGUUUCCCACCGCUGUACCGGGAAGUGUUUGGCAGCGAGAUGCCUCUGCCGGACUCCACCGACAGCUAGGCGGAGAGACGAGACGGGAGAGAUGAGGAAGAGUGUAACAGAAAGUAGAGGGGGCAAACGUGAGACAGAAGAGCGGCAGAAAACCAGCGGUUAUUGAGACAAUCCAGGACUAUAAAUACUCAGUCUCCCAAAGUAGUCCUCCACUAUCCCAGCAGCAGGCGAAGCACCUUACACUACAUACCACACAUGCUCCUGCUCUACUGCAAAUUGUAGCAUUGUAAAACCAGUGUGCGGGCGUCUUAUUAAAAUCACAGCAGCCCACACGGCAUGUAACCGGCUCCGAGCGUUGAUCCACUGGGGAUCGCCGAACUAGUUAUGAAUGUACCUCUUCUAUUAGCACCAGUGCACAAACGAGAACCAAACAACGAUGAAUGUACAAUCCUGCCACUCGAAAGCAAAGCUUGUCACGCGGAACUGGCACGAUGUCGAUAUUGGCGCAGACGUUGGUCAAAAAAAAAAAAAGUUCUCGAUGGUUAUGCAUCUCAGAGGGAUGUACGCGUGUUUCCAUGCAUCCUUUCACUGAUCCGCACUUAGGGACCAAGAUCACAGAUCAGAGGUUCUUCUGACAUGCAUAGAAAAAAAGAAAACACGUAGAAACCGACUCGCGGCCUACGGUGAAGUCAGCAAUCAGUUUCACUCACAGUAAAUAGUGUUAGGUGCUGCCUUUUCGUAGGCUUUUGUAAUGCAAUGAAAAGACCUCAGUCCCACACACCCCCUUCCUUGUAAAUGCCACUUAGACACAGGAAAAGAUGAAACUAUCCUUAAUUUAUAUACACGUUUAUAAGA